AUUCAUCCUACUGGGAAGCUUUUUGUGCUUUCGGAUGGAGUAGGAAGGCACACGACUGUGGAGCUGAGUGAACCUCUAGAAGAGGAGAUCUCAGGAAUUAUUGAAGUAGUGGGAAGAGUAACAAAUCAGGCAAACAUCAUGUGUGUGUCAUAUGUCCAGUUCAGAGAAGAUAAAAGUCCAUUUGAUUUGGAAGUCUACAAUGAAGCGCUAAAAAUUAUUCAUGAAUUCCCUGAAUACUUUCCAUGUGGUACUGGGAAGAACACUUGA